UUCCCGUGCCAGCAAAUAAAGCUGAGUAUUUUGAGUUCAUCCCUUGAGUCUGAGUCCUGCAUUUUGGGUCCACCACUCCUCCUUGCCUGCCUGCCACACAGCCAACCUCAACAGAACGACGCGACCAGAACAUGGACCCUGCAGACUCUUUUUCCGCGGAGUACUACGCUGAGUUGGAGCGGAUGUUCCGGUUCCCUCAUCCCGAAGGAAACGGCGCCACCGCCACUCCUCUCCUCCGUCACCUGUCCAGCUACCUGGAGGGUCUGAGGGGCCCGUCCGGCCUUCAUCUGUUGUUCCCGCUGGGGGUUCUGGAGAACCGCACCAGCCUUUGUUCGCCUCCGCUGGAGGGUCCGAGGGGCCCAUCCAGCCUUCGUCGCCUGCAGCGCCUGCGGCUCCCGCGCCGUCACCUGGUCCGGCCUGCUCGGCCUGCACGUCCGGUCCGGCCGCUUUCCGGGCCAAUGACUGGACGUCCUCGCCGUCAUGGACGGCCUCCUGUCCUGCUCCGUCGCCGCCGGUGCCUCCCACCCGGCCGGCCUCCUGAACUUUUUUCCUGGACUCCUGGGCCGUCGUCCUCCGGGCCGGCCCCUGAACCUUUUCAGGACUGUUGCCUGGGCCUCUGCGCCUUUCGUGGGCCCUUUUGUUUGUUUUCUUUUGGACUGUUCCUGGGUCUCGGUGCUGUUGCUUUGGACUUUGUUCCCUGUGUUUUGGUUUCUAGCUCCUUGUGUUUCGUUUCUUUCAUGCACGCUUGA